CCGCCAUCUCUAGGGGUGGGCAUUCUCAGUUCCUCCCCAUGUCAAGUUAUCUUCCAUUAUGCCAAAAACCCGCCAUCUUCUAAAAGAGGACAUUACUUAUUCAUUCGCCAAGUCACAAGAAAUCAAUCUCCUCCACCAAUUGGACUACUAUGACAAGCGGGACCGAUUUUUUGCUCAUCUCGAGAGCAGACGAGCAUGGAUGAAGCGAGUUGUUGCUCAGCAUCUGGGUCUGAAAUCAACCAAAGUGUGUCAUGUCGCAGAUAUCGACAAUUGGUACUGCGGCAGCUUCAAUGUCUGUAUCCCAGUUACUAUCAGUGAUUGGAAGGACAGGCAGCAGCUAGGGAACGACGUCCUAAUCCGCUUUCCUCUUCCAUACCGUGUUGGAGAGGAAUUUCGACCUGGAAAUGGAGACGAGAAGAUCCAGUGUGAGGCUGGUGCUUAUGCAUGGCUUGAAGAGAAUUGUCCGGAUGUGCCUAUUCCACAAUUAUACGGCUUUGCUAUGUCAAGUGGUGAAACUUUCACUCGGAUUGAGUUCCUGCCCACUAUAAGCCGCUGGUUCCAGCUUCUACGCCGUCAAUUGUUGUCUUGGCUUGGUUUCCCCAUACCCACAUCAUAUGUUCGCUCCUUGAGCAGAAGACACAGUUCUCUCGAUGGCGUGAUCGGAGCUGGGUAUAUAUUGAUCGAGAAGAUCGAGGAAUGUCAAGGAACCAUGCUCUCAAAAACCUGGUUCAAAAAACACGACGACAUAGAGUUACGGACCAACUUCUUUCAAGACCUCUCACGAAUCCUCCUAAGCAUCAGCCGAAUACCAUUACCACGAAUCGGCUCAUUCGUCAUAAACAGUGACGGGUAUCUCUCUUUAAGCAAUCGUCCAGUGUCAGUUGAGAUCCAGGGCUUGGAAAACGAGAGAAUCCCAACCGACAUGCCACGCGAUUUCACAUAUUCCACAGUUGAAUCAUACCUAUACGAUUUACUAAGAGUCCACGACAACCGCCUCAAGAACCAGCCUAAUGCAGUGUUGAACGUACCGGAUGCUGGCUAUCAAAUGUCAGCACUGGCAGGAAUGCGAACGACACUACCACUAUUCUUUCGUCGAGAACUCUGCCGGGGCCCUUUCGUCUUUUCUUUAACAGAUCUUCAUCAGAGCAAUAUCUUUGUCGAUGACGAUUGGCAUAUUACAUGCUUGGUCGACCUGGAAUGGGCAUGUUCGCGGCCAAUUGAGAUGGUUGAGCCUCCAUACUGGCUAACCAAUAAACCCGUGGACUCCAUGGACCCAGAAGAAUAUGACUCCCAUCGUACGGAGUUAAUGGCCGUGAUGGCGACUGAGGAGAGGAAAAUUCCCGCGGACAAAACGAUGCCACGAUUGUCCAGAGUCAUGGAAGAUGCUUGGUCGAGAGGGACAUUCUGGUAUACCCUGGCUAUCACCAGCCCGACAGGUCUCUUCAAGCUAUUCUACAAACACAUCCAGCAGCCUUGGUUCUCCAAGCACAAACCAGAGGAAAUAGGUGAGAUCAUGCCCUUUUUCUGGGCGAAGAAUGCAGGGAAAUUCGUCGCAAAGAAGCUCUCUGAUAAAGAGAAAUACGACCACGAGCUUCGAUUGGCCUUUGGGGUGAAGGGAACGAACUAGCCACUAAUCCUAUUGCAUAUUACCCAAGUCAGCAAUGUAUUUGCUGAGGUUAGAACGUAGAUUCCCCAUCUCUGCCCAGUAGAGCCAGACUGUUGCC